CAAGACGCUAUAUAAGAACGUCUCGAAGUUAUUACAAAAACAUUUGAACGACGCACUUACAUAUUUAGAAACGUUAUUAAAUAUGAAGCAUUUGAUUUUUCUAAUAUUUCUUGCGCAGUAUGUUUAUGGGAAAGAAACAGUUUAUUAUGCAGCCAAAGGAGGUGACCUUUUUGAUUUGAUACGUGGAAUUCCUCCGAAAAAUGGCGCCUUAGAACUGAGUAAAGUGGACAAGAAUACUCAAGACACACUGCCUGAUGGAAUAUACUAUAUACCACCUGAAGAUGAAGUAUUUGCAUCUGAACCACACCUCUUGACGUUAGAUGUAAAUGCGAAGAAACCGGUGGAUAACGACAAAAAACCAGUUUCAACGGCAGACGAGCAUAAUAAUCAUGAUUCAUGAAGGAAACCUUGAAAUAAUUAUAUGUUCUUUAAUAUAGUUAUGUACUUGAUAUUGAUUGAAUUAAACUAUAAUCAUGAAGCACAAUAAAUAUUGUCUCUCU